UUUCCAUCUUGUUCUUGUUCUUCUUGCUUUUAGGAAGUGAAGUUGGUUUCUUCAUUAUGGGUUGCGAUGGUGGAACGAUCCCUCGUAGAGAUGAGAUGGUUAAACUGAAGAAAAAGGCCGAAAAGGCCGAGAAAGAUAUUGCUUUAGCAGCUAAAUGGCGUCACUGUGCUAUUAGUGCUGAGAAACUAAGCCAACCUAUUGUAGCUUGUGAGUUAGGAAGGCUCUAUAACAAGGAGGCCAUUUUGCUGGCACUACUAGAUAAACCAAACCUACCAGAGAAUGCAUCACACAUUCGCUCAUUGAAGGAUGUAUAUGAGUUGCAAUUGACUCCUAAUCCCGGUUUCAAGGACAGUGAGAAGUACACUGACGUCCAGUCAUCGCAAUACAUAUGUCCAGUCACUGGACUUGAAAUGAGCGGUCAUCAUGGCUUCUGCUUUAUAAGGACAUGUGGCUGUACUAUAUCUGAGAAAGCAAUGAAAGAAGUUCCAUCUGAAACUUGUCAUAAAUGUGCUAAGGCUUUCGUGAAGGAGGAUGUUAUCAUUUUAAAUGGAACUGAUGCCGAAGUGCAGAAGAUGGCAGAGAAUAUGGAGGAGAGGAGAAAGAAAGCCAAACUGAGCAAAAGAAAGAGAAAAGCAGUCUCACAGCAAGUGGAGCAGGAGUUGACUAGUGAUGGUAGUUCUGCUAGCAGUGCCCAGACUAGUAGUGGUUCCUCUGACAAUUCACCUUCAGACCCAGCAUCUGUGCCAAAAUUACUCGACCCCGAUUCAGCUCAGAAAUUACCGGACCCAGUAUCGGUUGCUGGAUCAAAGGCUACUGUAAAGAAGCCUAAACUAACAGCUGGGAAGCAGUCGAUGAAAGUGUGUCCUCCACCAGCAACUAGUGAUAAGACAAAGACUAAGAAGAAACCGGCUGUAGAGACUAGAGAUGCUUAUCGUUCUCUUUUCACUUCUUCUCAUCCUACCAGACCCAAGGAACUAACUUCUAAUUGGGUCACCUACUUUCCAUAUCAUUAAGCAUACUUUAACUAAUUAUUAUCCUGUAUUUGUAAUUAUUAUUAUUAUUAAUGAUAAGUGUAAUUUUACUGACAGUUUAUUCUAAUUGUUUUGAUUGCAAACCUUUACAUUUCAUCGUUAAA